UUACCAUUAUGUACUACCAAUCCGGCAGGAAAUUAUUACCAAAUCAAUACCAGUACGGAGUAUCUAUGUGACCAGAUUUUUAACAGUGAAUAUUUACAUAAAUGCUGAACCCACCCCCCAUAAGUCUGCCCACCCACCCGCCAGUGGUUCCCUUGGAGGAGGAGGAUAUUCUCAGGAAAAUACGACAAGCCAGAAAUAUUAGAUCGAUAGAAAAUAUUUUUACUGGUCCUGUCCUCAUAAUUCAUGGAAUGAAUCGGAUGAAUUUGAGCUUGUGUGCAGAUCAACCCUGCCCUUCCUCAUCAGGAAAGUUGGAAAAUUCUGAAUUCAAUCCUAAUUAUAUUCCCGUUAUAUUCGUCCUUACCGGGCUCCUCAUGUUUUUCUCAAUUGUCCACCUCUGGCGCCAAAUGCGCAACUGUUUGGAGUACUUGGAACACAAUUCAGACCUCGUUUUGCAAAAGUCUGUCAGAUCCAUCCGUAACCUCGCGCAACUCUCCAUCAUCACACUCAUACCUGGAGUAAUAGUCCAUUACGCGAAAUAUAACGCUACAUGGUUCAUCCUUCUAUGCUUUGGGGCCAUUUACAAGUUCUACGUCGUAGCAGCGUGUCAAGGAUACUUGAAUUUAUUCGACUCUAAAGAAACACCAAUUAAACAAGAUUCACAGAUACGUGAUGAUCAGGCGGGACAACUGCAAGAAUGCCGUGGAUCUCAAGAUCACACAAGUUUUGACCGUUUCACGAAUCUUCCAGUCGUCCGGGAAGGACUUGUGGCAUCAUAUUUGCUACAAGCACUUGGUAUUCGGGACGAGGUUAUAGUGACACCUGUAGCUCGAAUUUCUGAAAAUCCUCCAGCCGAUGAUCCCCCACCUUGUUACGAACUGGCCCUUCUUGCCAGAGAUGAUCCGUCAUCUCCUCCCACGUAUCGGGAAGCUAUGAGUGUCAGUGAGGAAUAUGAAAAUCAAUUAGUAUAAACUAGCGUAUAAGCCCGUUUCCCGCCGGGCGACGGGCUUAUUUGAUAUUCAUGACAAUUAAGUAGGAUUGUUCAUAAUUCCAGCAAAUUAUUUUUUUUACAAUAUCUAUAUAAUUAGCUACAAAUGUCUGUUGACAAGGGAAUGAAACUUUUUCCAAUUUAACUUCCGUCACGGAAAAUUACUUUCACUUCCGUUGCAGACAAACAUUUCCAGCCUAUAAUAUACAAGAUUUAAAGCGGAAAGGGGUGUAUUUUUUGACAAUGAGGAAAAAAUAAAUUAACGAAGGGAACAACAUUUAUGCAUAUCUAUGUACCUUAUAAAAUAUGAGGCAGGUCUGAUAAAUCAGUGGACCAAGUUGGAAAACUUUGUAGAACUGGAGAAGAUGAAGGUGAAAACUGAGGCUGGAUUUUUAGCGAUAAAAUUGCACAAUGUUGGCAAGCUCUUUUUUUACUUCUUGGUACUUGGAGUUGGUUUCUUUCUACUCGUGCGCUACAUUCCGUUAAGCUAAGUUCGUAAGAAUCGUAAGAUGCGGAUAUUAUGUACAGUAUGUAACUUAUUUAAUGCUACGAUUUUUAAUUUCAAAUUCAACUUCAAUUUUCUCGAGAACAGGUUGAUAUUUCAAAAUUGUUUUCAUACCAAUUCUUCAAUAUAUAUUGGACUACAUUGAGGCAAAUUUUCAAAGGAAUGGAGAUAAAACUGUUGAAUCCACAAAUAUUUUAAUAUCAAAAUAUUGCGAAUUGCACGUUACAUAAUUAAUGCUACGGGGGUAUGAGCGGUUAAAUAUUUCGACAGACCCCAAUAACUGAUUGAAAUCGUUUGGGCAUCUAAUCCACAAACCCUUCGGUUACGCUAUGGUCGAUGUUUGUUAACUUUUCUGUGAUGACGUGUGUGCCGGGGAGCCGUGCUUGUCAGGUUUAGUGUUAUCACCAGCCGCUGCAGAAUUUUUGGGUUAUGGUCGAUCGAGUUGAGGUUAAGAAAUUUGAAAUUCAGUCCAAAACCUUUGUAUCAUUAUCCUUGAUGCAAUUUGAGAUGAUUUUUGUAAUAUUUGUCUAAUAUCCGACGUUUCUUAAAAUUGAUCUCUGACCAAAGUCUGUCUUUGUUGCGAAUUGGCAAAUAUUUAUUUCUAACAAAUCAAGGUAAACCUCUUUGGUCAUGAUCCCAGCGACGCACGUUAAUAUUACUACCCUGAGGCAACAUAAACUGCCCCAAAACAUUAUCUCUCUGCAAGAUUUCGAAAGUUUCACAUCAGGAUUUGGCGGUACAAACAGCCUAGAUUUCCUUAUCUCUGCUAUGUUUGAUAGCUUGUCUCAGAAAUCAAUUUCUUAAGACUUAUUUGGGCUCCUUCCGUACUCUUAUCGUUCCAUCUGAGCUAAAAAGUUGAAUUAGGGUCUAAUCUGAGAACAAAAAUUGUUUCCGGUAGCCAUGGGAUCAUCUUCUCUUUACAUUGCCCACGCAAAGCAUUUCUUGUGAUUAUUCGCUAAGGUGUAUGGUGUGGAAUUUGGAAUUUCCCCAGAUAUUCCUGCGAAUAUCAGCCUGUGUCUAAUCAUUCAUAGGUGUACAACAGUAAAACGGUCACUUUGAACAUCUUUCGCAAUUUCGGGCGCGGGCAGACAAGCAUCAUUGUCACUGUUUUUACAAUCGUCGCGUGCGGGUGUGGUGUUUUACUGGGUUUACGACCCUGACGGUUACAAUUCGCUACAGGUCCUGUAGUUUUCCUUUCUCCGGUGAGCCUUGGAACAGAUCCGGCGUGUAUUUUAAAUUGUUUCCAAAGUUUCAUUAAAGUUAGGCGUUAUUAAUGGACGGAGGUCACUUUUCCAAUAUUUUGAUACUGAGAACGGUGCCCUUUGUUAUUUAUUUCUUUUAAUUCGGCAGAUUAUUUUCAUUUGUAGUAGAAAUACUACAGAAUUGUUUAUCCGUUCGAAAUUCUGCUCUGUACUUAGGAAAUAUUGCAAAUUUGUACCGGUUGUGUAUCGUAGCAUCAAUUAUGUAACGUGCCAUUCGCAAUAUUUUGACAUUAAAAUAUUUGUGUAUUCUACAGUUUUAUCUCCAUCCCUCUGAAAAUUUGCCUCAAUGUAGUCCAAUAUAUGGUGAAGAACUGGUAUGAAAACAAUUUUGAAAUAUCAACCUGUUCCUGGGAAAAUUGAAGUUGAAUUUGAAAUUAAAAAUCGUAGCAUUAAAUAAGUUACAUACUGUAGGUAUGCACACUCUAAGAAACCCGAUAACUAAGUUAUUACCAGGCGGAGUAUCUAUGUGACUCUACCGCAUGGUAGUUAGUUGACAAAAGUUAUUAGAAGUUGGACAUGCUUUAUUACACAUUUUAAUAAAAAUGUUACAAGUUUUUCCUAAUACAUUUUUUAAUUUGAAUAUUGAAUAAAAUA